GAGGAAUUGUCUUGCGCUCAAGUGUUACGCCCUCCGAACCCUGACCUGGGUUCACCAUGUCCAAACGACCUUCAUCACCAUCUUCCGGCACUCUCAUCAAACGGGCUCGUUCUGGUUCCCCCGAAGGGCACACGCAACAGAUAGCAAUAUCUUCCUCUAACAAUGAACGAGGCAUAGUCAGAAGCAUCAAACGCACGAGCAACUUAGAGGCUCCAAUUGUCAGUCUGUCAGGCGCACACUCGGCAGAAAUCUUGAGCUGUAAAUUCGACCCGAGCGGGCAGAAUAUUGCUGCAUGCUCGGCGGACCGCAGUCUUUCGUUCUGGAAGACGUAUCCACCGAACGUGAACUACGGGCUGCUACAAAAUAUUCACAAAGCGCCGAUUCUCGACUUCCAAUGGUCGCUCCUCCAUCCGCUCAUAUACACCGUCUCGGCGGACCACACGCUCCUUAUGACCGACGUGACGACCGGGGAACGCGUCCGGAAAAUUCGUGCCCAUCGCGGGAUCAUCAACUCCCUGGACAGGACCGUGGCAGGCGGCCCGGGUGUGGAACUCAUCGCGACUGGCUCGGACGACGGGACGGUGAGGAUUUGGGAAGGCGGGGAUGAGGGGAAGAAGGACUGCGUCGCUGUGUUCGAGGUUGGGUGUCCGGUCACCGCCGUGUGCUGGAGCGCAGACGGGGCGAGCGUGUACGUCGGCGCGCUGGACAACGAGAUUCAUGUGUACGACCUCCGCAAGCAACAGCAGGUAUCCACGCUUCUCGGGCACACAGACACGCCCACCUCGCUGUCCCUCUCCCCGAACGGGUCGUACCUCCUCUCGCCCUCUUUCUCGUCGCAGGUCCUCAUCCACGACAUCCGCCCGUUCUCACCGUCCCCGACGCGAAUCCACCGCGUACUGACGGGUGCGCCGGCGGGCUUCGAGGCGACGCUGCUCAAGGGUGCGUGGAGCCGCGACGACGGCGGGAAGCGCGUUGCGGUCGGCGGCGCAGAUCGCAUGGUGUGCAUAUGGGACGUAGAGAGCGGGAAGCUGCAGUAUAAGCUGCCCGGGCAUAAGGGUACGGUCACCGCCGUUGAUUUCCAUCCAAAAGAGCCCAUCAUUUUGACGGGCAGCAAGGACGCGACAAUGUUAUUAGGAGAGAUCGAGCCCAGCGUUACUGUGUAAUCGUAAACCAUGCACUCGCAUUGAGCUCGCUGCUGCAAUGCGGUAUUUGAAUUGAUGUGCCAAGAUGAGCAAGUACAUAAUACAGGGCAGCAACGAUAGCAAGUACAACAUAUAGAAUAGCAAUGCGACGAUAGCAAGACAAUAAUGAUGGUCUGGAGAGCAAAUUAUAGCUGAUUCAAGAUUGCGGACAUCGGGGGUCGAUGUAGAAACUAGGCAGAACAUUGACCAGAUGCUCAACGAACCAAUACCCCUCCCCGGGGGCGGUAUUUCUGCGGCGAGGGACGAUCUGCGCGAAAGUCGCAGAGACGCCCAUACCGAAAAUGAACUGAUCCAAUAUGGCAGGGUCCACGAGAACAGUGAUGUUCUUUGUAAGGGGUUCAUGACACUC